AUGAAGUCGCUCCUGAAGUUGAUCAUCGUGUCGGUCUUGGCAGUUAGUUGGGUGUUGAGUGCACGACCUCAGCAAAGCGUAUCAGUGGCUGGCAAGUUCACGUGCGAUGGAAAACCUGCCAAAGAUGUGGUAUGUCAUGGUUAUUACCAGUUUUAAUCAUUUUUAAAUUUUAAUCUUGACUAUUUAUUGUUACGAGAAGUACUACUCUUUUUUAAGCCCCCAGGUUGCAAUUGGCUAUUUUUUAAAAAUUUUAUCUUGUGUUUGCACGGUGCAAAGAACCUUUUUUGAUAUUGCACAGUGCACCCUUGUACCUCUGCACUGUGCAAGAACUCUUCUUUACUUUUGCACGGUGCAAGCCGCUUUUUGUCCGGAAAAGAAUGAGAGAAAAUCGCACAGUGCAAUUUGGAGAGAUCGCUGUCGCGUCAAGACUUGAAGGACAAUCAGUAAGGUCUGCGACAGUCGCUUGCAUCCUGCGACAUCCUAAUGGAAAUUGGAAUAUUGCAGAGUGCAAAGCUUUGCGGCAAACAUUCGCGUCGCAGUUUGAAUGGCGAUGUGACAGCGUGUCACGGUUGUCGCAACGCUUAAGCCAACACUGUGUUCAAUGGAAGGUUUGCGACAAGAUUUUUUUUGACUGCCGUGAGUCCCCAGGUUUCCCGACCAAUGCGACAAUUGGGAGCUUGCACUGUGCAAUCUUUCCACCAUCGUUUGGAGUCGCAAGCUUUUCGGGGAUCGCACCGUGCUGUUGCCAAAUUUUUUACCGGAAUGACUGAUAGCGACAAAAUGUUGCGUCACUUUCUGAAGAAGCGAGAAAAAUGUUGCAAAUUGCGAGCGACAAAAGCUUUGAGUUUUGUCACAAACGUGUUGCAGCAACAUGUUCAGCCUCUUGCUGUUGAGAUGGGUUUGGCGACAAAAUGUUGUCGCGAUUGCACAGUGCAUUCGGAAGAAUAUGCACGGUGCAAAGGCUUAAAAAGGGUUCCUAGGGAUUGCACGGUGCAGUGGGCUUUUCUUUAAAUCAAUGCACGGUGCAGUAGGCUAAAUGGGUUUAAGCUGCACGGUGCAAAGUUUUAUGCUUUCAUAAAUGAUUGAUAGGAAAUGAAACUUUGAAGGCAGACAUAAAGAAGGUUUUUGGCGAUAGACUGCGUAUUGUAAAGCUGCUUUGUAAAAUACGUUUACUGUUAAACUUUAAGAAUAAACUGCACCGUGCAGUAGGCUAAAAAAGCUUUAUUGUAUAAAGCAUUGCGCAACUUGUUAAACUGAUUUGGAACUUUUUUUUAGGAUAGAAGCUCAGUAAAAUUUAUCUAUGUCAACCUACCACGACUUUUGAUAAUGUAAAAUAAACUUUGGAAUUUCAGAAAGUAAAGCUAUAUGACAAAGACACUUUUACCUUCGACGAUCUGAUGGGCAAGUCUCAGUCUGAUGCCUCUGGCAUUUUCAAAGUCGAAGGAACGGCCAACGAAGUCACCAACAUUCAGCCAAAGUUGAACGUAUAUCACCGAUGUAACUACACUCCUCUACUGCCCACUUGUUACCAAAAGUUCUCUAUUCGAAUCCCUUCUAACUACAUCACCAAAGGCCCUCGAGCGGCUAAAACCUUUGAUGUUGGAACGAUAAACUUGGCUGGAAAGAUGAGCGGCCAAGGAACCGACUGUCUCAAUUAA